CUGCCCGGGCCGGGUGCCACAGGCCGGCAGGACUGGGCGCCCAUUAGGUGCCAGCCAGGAGGGAGGAACACAAUGCCGCGUCCGCACGCCUUCGAGACCCACGUGCACUGCUCCUUUAAAUGCCCCGGCCCUGUAACAGCCCGCACCGCGUCCACGCCGGCGGGGGCUCCAGCGGCCGGGUGGACCGGGCCCUGCUGAAGGCCCGAGGCCUGGGGCCCCUCCCCGCGCUCCUUCCACUCCCCAGUUCCGGGCCGGCCCCGCCGCUGUCCCGGCGCCCUCCCCUCCCCGGCCGCUGGAGCCGCAGCCCCGGAACCCUCCAAGGGGCCGCGACCCACCGCCGCGAACGGCGUGCGGAGGGCAGGGGCCGGCUCGCGGGUUGCGGCUCCACCCCGUGUCCUUCGAGCCGCAGGCGACCGGGCCGCGACCCGCGCGCGCGUUCCAGCCCGCUCACCUGCUCCGCCGCGGUGCUCCGGUAUUGUUUACGCAGCCGGCAGAGCGCCCGCCGGACCCGGCGCCGGCGCAGACCCCGCCCCCGGCCCGCCCCGGCCCCACCCCCGCCCCGUAGGCGGCGCUACGCUCCCCGGUCCACGUCGGGGCCCCAACCUGAGCUGCGGCCCUGGAAAGGCAAGGGGAGCGAGAGAGGCCUGGCUUACCCCUAUUCGCCGCAGGGACCGCGGAAUGGACCUGGCGUUGGACUGAGCACUGACCUUAGAUUAAGGACUCUGAAUGAUACAUCACUUCAUGGCAUUGUGUGUGGCAAAGUGCUUUCAAAGAUGGCGUCAACACUUCCAUCCUCCCUGUAACGUCAUGCCACUCCUCCCAACAAGUGGUGGAAGAUAUCUCUCCUCCCCUUGAACCGAGCCUGUCUUUGUGACUUGAUUUGACCAAAAGAACGUGGAGGAAGGGAUGCUCUGCCAGGCCCAGGCCUUAUAAGACCUGAUAGUGUCUGCUUUUGGCCUCUUGGGAUUUGGCCACCACAGAUAAGCUCAGGCCAGAGAGCUGAAUGACAAGAGCCUGCCUGGGGAGGGAGAGGCCCGGUCAGCUCCCUGCUCUUCCAGCCCCAGCCAAGGAGCCAGACAUGGGAGUGAAGCCAUCCUGGAUGUUCCAGCUCCGGCCGAGCUCUCAGCUAAAUGCAGCCACGUGAGUGACCUCAGCCAACUCCAUACAGAGCAGAAGAAUUAACCUCCUGGCCGAGGCCAGCCAACCCACAGAAUCAUGAAAAAUAAUAAAUUUGUAUUGUUUUAAGCCACUAAGUAUUAGGGUAGUUUGCUGUACAGAAGCAGAUAUCUAAUGCAGUCAGGAACAGUGAUGGACGGUAAUGCCCUCCUAGAAACACUUGAAACAACACUGCAGAAAGGAAAGGACACACAGCCUCCACAAUACCCUGAAGCCCUGCCUGCUCCUCUGUGAAUUUUCAGAUGUUCGUUAAACUCACUCCUACUAGAGGAAGCAGAAACCAGGGUGCAGUCCCCGGCCACGAGGGGCCUCGUCAGGGGCUCUCGAGAACUCAGUGUGAGGGGUUGGUUCAGGGAAGAAAGGGGCCCCAGACCCUCGUAGUUCCCUUUCUCCCUGUGGCCUUUCAAAGGGAGAGUCUCACACAGAAAGGAGUCAUAGCUGAAGAAUCUGAGUCUCUAAGGAGACCUAGGGCCCUAUAGGAGGUUAGGAGCUUCUGAGAGCCGAGUUUCCUUAGGAAGACCCAGGUGAGAAAUAAUGCAGGAGUUCCCAUGUUCAAGGCGUGAUCCGUAGCAUGUAACAGUUACUCACAAAGGUGUUUGUUAAAUCAAUCAAUUUCUGCCUGAGUUAUCUGGACGUUUCAUUAGGUUCAGGGAACCCAAGACCGGUGCUAAGGUAUCCCCCAGGCAUGGACAAUCCACUUGGACAAUUCCUGGGGCAUCAUGCACACUCUCCAGACCAGAGAGAGCCACAGGAAAUUGAAUCUGGAGCUGAAUUGUUGGCCUGUUGUAGACUUGACCUUCACCUACCAUUGAACCACAUGGUGGGGUGAGCUUGGGUCAUCAGCAUAAGCCCAUCACUUGCAUUUCUUUCCUGAAGACCCCCUCAUCUUCAAAUCUCCAGGUCAUGGAAAAAAGAUCUCCUCUAGCAGUUACUCAUUUGAAUUGGGGAGGACUCCCAAUGGGAUGUAUGUAAAUUGUUGCUGUAAAUGUUUGAAUAACCAGGUGGUAAAAGCAAGGGGACCAGCAUUUCCUGAUAAAUAUGGGCGGUGAGCUGCCAGCAGAGGCUGUUUUGAAUUGGAUACGGUAAGCAGUGAGAAGAAAACGGCUUUGCCUCUAUUUCACCCGGAGUAUCCACUGGUUGACAAGCCCCUGAGAAGAAGGAAGACAGGGGACAAGAGGAGUGUCCUGUAUUGGGGCCAGAAGAUGCUUCUGUCCCUCAUCUUAAUCUUUCAGUGUUUACAAUGGCCCCGGCCCAUUUUCUGGGUCUUCGUGUUCCCUGUGCAUGCAUUUGAGGUGGGUUUCCGUGGAGUCACCUCUCAGAAAACAGAGGAAGGGGAAAGAGGUGGAAACGUGGUACCACGGGAGUCUUUCUGCAAGAAGGGCCAUGAGCGAGAGGCAAAGGCAAGGGAGGCCAGGGCACAGGCCAGCAGUCGAUGUGGAGCAGUGCAAAGGGGGUGUCGAAAAGAGUUAUCACUUUCUAAAUUGGCUUGUGCCUUUUUGCACAAAUCAAAAGGCCGUGUCCCUCUGCUUAUGCAAGAUCUCUCCGUGUAUGCAAGCUGUUUUGAAAUGCUUUAAGUGCUGCAUGAACCACAGGUGGAAUGACUGCUGUUAUUAGCUCUGUCUGGAAGAUGGCCACACCCGCUGGCAUCUGACUGAGUAGGAAAAAGGCCCCAGGGUAUCCUGUGCUGGGGACACCAGGUGACUGUACAGAGUCCACACCAGCCGGGAGAUCCCAACAGGUGCAGGGCUGAUGGGAAAUGAGCAAGCUUGGACGGUUUUCCUGCGUGGAUGGAGCGUCCGGCUGAGUCACUCUUCCCUCUGCCUGGGGGAGUGAAGUCACAAGUUCUUUGCUCUGUCUUGCCAGCCCUUCUCUUCCCUCCCCGUAGCACUCUUGCCUUCUCUAGGACAGCAAACUAAACAUAACUGGAAUCCAGAACACACUUACUUUAACGGACUUUCCCUCAUAUACUUAAUAUCUAAGAAAAAGGGUCACGUGGCAAACAGACACCUCCCAAAACAAGAGCCAACCACUUGGCAAAACCAAGCUAUUAUCAAGGAUUUUUAGAAGAAAAGAGGUGAAGUAUAACGUAGGGUCAAAGACAAGUCCAGAGCAAUCCUACCCUUAAUACUUUUAUAGGCUGAAAAAUGAGAUUGAUAUUCUUUUUUUUUUUUUUUUUAAUGCGGUACGCGGGCCUCUCACUGUUGUGGCCUCUCCCGUUGCGGAGCACAGGCUCCGGACGCACAGGCUCAGCGGCCAUGGCUCACGGGCCCAGCCGCUCCGCGGCAUGUGGGAUCUUCCCAGACCGGGGCACGAACCCGCGUCCCCUGCAUCGGCAGGCGGACUCUCAACCACUGCGCCACCAGGGAAGCCCGAGAUUGAUAUUCUUAAUGUGAUGACUUCAUCACAGAGAUCCUCAGACAUAUUCAAAAGUAAUAUUUCAUUAUUAAUAUUUAAUUUGCAUGCUGUUCCAUAUCCUUUCUGGAAUAAAACAAGGCAGUAAUAAUA